CUAUGUGCCUGGAUUUAAUGAGAGACACGCGACUCAACAAUAAGCCCAUAUUGCAAUCAGCCAGAAGUCUGUACUAGCACACGCCACUAAGCCAGGAGCAUCAACCUUCCUAUCUGUAUGCUGAUAACCCCAUGCAAAGUCCAACCAGGCUACAGCUUGUGGAAUUAUUUGGAUCCUUCUAGCUGCGGUGAUUUACAGCGAUCCCAGCGGUACAGGUGCUGCAGGCUUGUUACAUAGUAGCGCAGGAGAGAGAGAGAAGAGGAUGGAACCCAGUCGCAUCUGCGCUUUGACGUUUCUCAUCCUGAUAUUGCAGCAGGUGUCUAGCUCCGGGGUCUUCCAGCUGGAACUUCAUGAGUUUAUUCAUGCCAAUGGGAUACUGGCGAGUGGGGCUUCGUGCUUGCCCAGCUGCAGGAUCUUCUUCAAGAUAUGCUUGAAGCACUAUCAGAUGGUGGUCUCGCCCGGCUCCUGCACUUUUGGCAGUGUGGUCACCCCAGUGCUUGGCUCAGGCUCCUUCAUCAUAGGGAAUAUUGAAGGCUUCACCAAUCCUAUCAGGUUGCCCUUCAACUUCACAUGGCCGAAAACCUUUUCACUGAUCGUUGAAGCUGUACAUAAGCCUACAGCUUUAAAUCAGAAGGAAAUUCCGGUCAGUAAAUUUACAAUCCAGAAACCCCUAAAUGUUAGUGAAGAGUGGUCCAGAGAUGUCAUGUUAGGGGAACCGCAGACACAGCUGAGAUACUCCUAUAGGGUAGUCUGCAGUGAGCACUACUAUGGCGAAAGCUGUUCUAGACUCUGCAAGCCUCGUGAUGACCGUUUUGGACACUACGUAUGUGAUUCUAAUGGCAGCGUGGCCUGUCUGAAGGGAUGGAAAGGAGAAUAUUGCUCAAAACCAAUAUGUCUUGAUGGGUGCAGUGAGCUAAAUGGUUUCUGCGUCAGUCCCGGAGAAUGCUCAUGUCGUCCUGGAUGGCAGGGUCGUUUCUGCAAUGAGUGCAUUCCCCAUAAUGGAUGCAGACACGGAACGUGUCAAACGCCGUGGCAGUGCAUAUGUGACGAGGGCUGGGGGGGCCUAUUCUGCGACCAAGAUUUGAACUACUGCACCCACCAUAAGCCCUGUAAAAAUGGAGCCACAUGUAUGAACACUGGACAGGGCAGCUUCACGUGUUCUUGCCGGGCUGGAUAUAUUGGGGUGAAUUGUGAGGAGAAGAUCAAUGAAUGUGAUAGUAACCCGUGCCGGAAUGGUGGCAGCUGCACGGAUGUGGAGAGCGGUUAUGUUUGUGAAUGUCCCCAAGGAUACUAUGGAACCCACUGUGAACACAGUGUAUUAAAUUGUGCGGACUCCCCAUGCUUUAAUGGUGGCACAUGCAGAGAGCGAGAAAACGGUGCCAGCUACGCCUGUCAGUGCCCACAAGGUUACACAGGAUCCAACUGCGAAAAGAAAGUGGACCGCUGUACCAGCAACCCUUGCCUGAAUGGUGGUCAGUGCUCCAUCUUCGGUUACACACCAUUGUGCCGCUGCCGUCCAGGAUAUACGGGGCCAACCUGCGCAAUUAAUAUAAAUGAGUGUGCAAAGAAUCCGUGUUUCAAUGGAGGAACCUGCUAUGACUUGCCGGGUGACUAUGCCUGCAUUUGUCCACCAGGAUUAACAGGGAAGACUUGUGAAGUAAUAUCCAGAGAUGGAUGUUCUGUCAAUCCAUGUAAUAAUGGAGGAUCAUGUCUUCCGGUGCCUUAUGAAAAUCCUGCUUGUGUUUGCGCUGUUGGCUUCACGGGAAGCCAUUGUGAACUUCCAGCUAGCACGGCAAAGUCUUUGGAAUUUCCUUGGGUUGCUGUGUUUAUGGGUGCGGGCAUGGUAGGGCUGCUGGUUUUAUCGUGUAUGAUUUUUGUGGUUGUGAGACAUUUCCGUCAGCAGCCGAUACAGGACACAAAGACGAUGAACAAUUUAUCAGAUUUCCAGAAAGACAAUCUGAUACCAGCCUCACAAUUAAAGAAUAUAAACAAAAAAAAGGAGCUGGAGGUGGACUGUGGUCUGGAGAAGUCAAACUACAAGCUUAAAAACCACACCUUAGACUGUAACAUAAGCAGUGGACUAAUUGGUGUGGUUAGUAAUGGGAUUGGAAAAGGAGACAAAUACUAUAAUAGUGAAAAAUGUUUAGAAGAAGAAAAGUUCCCUCUGCGUCUACACAGUGAGAAGCCAGAGUGUAGAAUAUCAACGAUAUGUUCUCCGCGGGAUUCAAUGUACCAGUCCAUUUAUGUGAUAGCGGAGGAGCGGAAUGAAUGUGUGAUAGCUACAGAGGUGUAACCCUUAAGUUGAGCAUUCAGAAGUGCAACUUUAGCAUUCUCUUGAGGGGCCAUAAAGAGGAGGCAUGCCAUGUAGCCAUGUUUACAAAUCGGGACUGGAGGUGAUUUUGAUCACGUACAUGCAACUAGCUGCUUUCAGAAGAUCUGUUCAUCUGAGCUGAAGGGGACAGACUGUGAAUUUGCAGGAGAUGCAAUGGACUUCAAGCCCUGGCUCUAGAGUUUAGGAAUUUGAUCAACUGAAUGUAAUAAAACUGGAAGAAAUAGAAGCAACAUGAAGAUAGACCAGUUAUGAUUGCAAGCUCGUUUCUUAAAGUGUCCUUUUCAGACUUCACACUCCAUGGCAUUAAGUAAAGUUGCAAAUGUGAGGAGCUGACAGUAAUGGAUGUUGGCAAUCCAUGCCAUAUAGAGCAUACAUUCCAACAAGGUGAAUGGGAUCCGUUUCCUAUGCAGAAUGAAACUUUUUAUCAAGGUCCUGGUGUUGUCCUACUGUGUUAAGAAGUGCCUAAAGAAUGUCCCAAGAGUCCACUUUGUGUUGGCUGAGAACUGCUUUCCCAUUAAUACCUGAACAGUAUUAAGCUAAGAAGAAUUAUUAUUAUUUUUAUUUUAUUUUUUCAUUCUUGCUAUAGACUUUUUGGGAUAGACUCAUGGAAAGUGACAUGUGGACAUUGCUAUUAAAUGUUGUUGAUAAAGAAAACGCACAGACUGAAAGUCUGUGCGAGUCUUCGGCCAGCAAACUCUAGUCCAUGCCUUACAUUGCAUGACAAAUCAAUCAAGCUGGCCACUUUUUAAUAAUUUUUGCACUACUGAGAAUUGUGAUUUAGAACUUUAUUUUUUACUUAAACAGAGAACACUAUAUCAGUUUGGUAUCAUGUCGGUUUUUUUCCUCACAGCCUUAAUAUUAUGUAAAUGUAUCAAAUGCCCAAAAUAACAUUCAUACUACAUGUUGGGUUAUAAGUUGUGUUCAAUUUUUUUUUUUUUUAUGUUUUUCUAUAAUUUAUUUACAGUGACCAUUACUGCCAUAAAGCUGAACUCUCAAGUGACUUCAUUUUAGUCCUUUUCUUUUAUUCAGGAUUUCCGUUUAAAAAAAAAUAGCUAUUGUAAAGUCAGUGGCUGCUCGGAAUAUACAAAUUUUAAUGUAAAUUAUAAAAAAAAAAAAAAAAAAUUUGUUUGUAGUUUUUUUGUAGAUUUUUUUUUCUUUUUUUUCUUUUUGUGUGUGUGUGUUUAAAGGGGCUAGGAAGGCUGCCUCAUUCCAGUAUUUUGUGUCUGGAGAGCUUCAGGAUUUUUUUUAUUUUUUUAUUUAUUUUAUUUUUAUGCAAUAUUAUCCAUACUUACAAGUGGUUGCAAAAUAACAAUGUUUGAAGAACCGCUUUGAUAGCUGUGAUCUAAAAGGCUACACAUGCCUGUUAUAAAGCAUUGGUUAAUCCUGAAGAAUGAUGGACACUAUUAAUUACAACUGUAGUAUCCACUUUGACUUUCUCCAUUAUAACCUCUACAGUACUAUCAUAGCCUUAAAGGCUGCAUCAGCAACACAAGACUUGCAUUUAAUAAAAGAUAUUUGGCUGUAGUUCAUAUCCCUUUUUAUUUUGUGGUUUGUUUGUUUUUUUUAUUUUUGUUUGUUUUUUUUAACCUAGCAUUUCAAUAAUUUAAUGUUGAAUCAAAAGCACUGAACUUUUUACAUUU